AGCAAGGUCACACGGUGUACCAUUCUGCUGUGUGCGCUCCUCAAACGCUGCUGCCGCCGCUGCCGCCGCCGCCGCCGUCGUCGUCUUCCCUUCUCCACACUGUCGCACAACCAUGGCGGACAGCGCAAGCGAGAGCGACACCGACGGAGCGGGGAGCAGCUCGGCCACCCCGAUGUCGUCCUCCGCUUCAAAUUCGGGAAAACCGAGCAUAGUCAUUUCACAGUUUCGUUUGGAGGAACUGACGAACCGCCUGGCCUCCUUACAACAAGAGAAUAAAGUUCUUAAAAUUGAGCUGGAGACGUUCAAACUCAAGUGCAAAGCCCUGCAGGAGGAGAAUCGGGACCUCCGCAAAGCUAGCGUCACCAUUCAAGCAAGAGCGGAGCAGGAAGAAGAAUUUAUCAGCAACACCUUAUUCAAGAAGAUCCAGGCCCUCCAGAAGGAGAAAGAGACCUUGGCGGUCAAUUAUGAGAAAGAGGAGGAAUUUCUCACCAAUGAACUUUCAAGGAAACUCAUGCAACUCCAGCAUGAGAAGGCAGAGUUGGAGCAGCACUUGGAGCAGGAGCAGGAGUUCCAGGUUAACAAGCUCAUGAAAAAGAUCAAGAAGAUGGAGAAUGAAACCAUUUCAAAACAGCUAACCCUGGAACAGUUGAGGCGGGAGAAGAUCGAUCUUGAGAACACAUUAGAGCAGGAACAAGAAGCCCUGGUCAACAGACUGUGGAAACGGAUGGACAAACUGGAGGCUGAGAAAAGAAUCCUUCAGGAGAAGUUGGACCAGCCUGUAUCAGCUCCUCCCUCCCCAAGAGAUGUUUCCAUGGAGAUAGACUCGCCGGAGAACAUGAUGCGGCAUAUCCGCUUCCUGAAGAAUGAGGUGGAGAGGCUUAAGAAAAGUCUGCGCACCACUGAGCUGCAGCACACAGAGAAGCGUGCCCAGUACAUAGAAGAGGAGCGACACAUGAGGGAGGAGAACAUCCGGCUGCAGAGAAAGCUUCAGAGAGAGAUGGAGCGCAGGGAGGCCCUGUGCAGACAACUGUCAGAGAGUGAAUCCAGUCUGGAGAUGGACGACGAGAGGUACUUCAACGAGAUGUCUGCACAGGGCUUGCGAGCAAGGACUGUGUCCAGCCCCAUCCCCUACACACCCUCCCCCAGCUCCAGCAGACCCAUAUCACCUGGUCUCUCAUAUGGCAGCCACACAGUUGGCUUCACUCCUCCAGCUACACUGUCCAGAGCUGCCAUCUCCCACUAUAACACUCCUGCCCUGCACGUCCACGGAAGCUCCUCUCACGCUGUAGCGAGGCCCUCCCCAAGAAGAAGCACCAGCCCUGACAAAUUCAAACGUCCAACACCCCCACCCUCACCCAACACGCACUCAGGGGCCCAGCAGGCUCAGCCUCCGCUACCCCCACCAGCUCAGCCCAUGGUCCAGUCCAUGUCCUCCCCGGCAGCUAUGUCGCAGCAUGCAGCAGCAGCACAGCAGCCUCCCUCCCAGCCUUAACGCCACACACAGUCUCUGUCUUUGCGCGAGUGCGCCCACUGAAUGCCACGACGCUACCGCAACAGCAGCUUCCAUCAUUACCAGCUCUGGAAGUCAAGUUUCUUACUCUUUACCAACUCCACAAAAGAAGCAGCUUCAAAAGUUUAAGAGGGAAAGAAACAAGACGGCGGCUCAGUGAAGCUAGCUGCCUGCCAAAUCCACACGUGGCGUUACUUAAACUACUCUUAAAAGGAAUGGAUGGACAGAAAAAUAAUCGCUUCUGGGAUUUGUAGGCCAAUUAUCUGUUCCACCUUCUGUCUUGUACACGUUAUGUUUUUGUUUUCUUUGCUUGGGACUUUUAGCUGGUUGGAAUUGUUGUUGUGGCGCUUCUAAGAUAGCACAAACAGCACAUACAGUAUGUUUCAUGGUGGUGUUUUCUGAUAGGUUGGAUGUUUGGAUCAAUGGAUGGAUGUAUGGCUUGAGAAACAGAUUAAUUGAUAGAUGGAUGUGGUUGAUUUUGUUCAAGCCUAUAAUAUGACACUCAAUUGCAGUAAUGUCCUCCACUCCAGCCCCCCCUUUUUUUUU